AUGAGGACCUACGACGACACGUUUUCCGGACAGAGGAUCUACCCUGGCAAGGUACGAAACGACGAUAUUUCCCCGAAUUUCAUCCCAUCUGGGCCGCGCUUGGGCGGCUUUCCCAUCCUCGCGAGGGUGUGGGCGCGGGCGUGGGAAGCGCAGGCCAAACUCGAGGCGGAAGGGCAACCCUCGUUCGCGGAUCUUGCCUCGCUUGGUAAGCUCUACGUCCGUGGCGACAGCAAGGUCUUCCGAUUCCAGAACGGCAAAUCCGAAUCCCUCUUCCUCCAACGAAAGAACCCCGCCGCAUCUCAUGGACCGUUCUCUACCGCCGCCAACACAGGAAGGGCAUUUCUGAGGUACGAUUUACCACACUCCACCGAGGUUGCCAAGAAGCGAACCCGCCGAGCCGUCAAGUCCCAGCGCGCCGUUGUCGGUGCUUCCCUCGAUGUGAUCAAGGAGAGGCGAACCAUGCGCCCCGAGGCCCGUGCCGCCGCCCGCGCCGAGGCCAUCGCCGAGUCCAAGGAGAAGAAGCAGGCCGCCGCCUCCGCGAAGAAGGCCGAGAAGGCUAAGCUCGCCGCCACCACCGCCAAGGGCCAGACUGGCCGCAUCCAGAGCAAGCAGGGUGCCAAGGGUGCGCACGCGAAGCCCGCCGCUGCCAAGCGCUUCUAA